AUGGCCUUUCUGCCCAGCCUCGGAGCAGAGACCUGGGUGCUCCUGGUGGCUGGCGGCACCCUCUUGCUGCUGUAUGGGAUAUGGCCAUAUAAAUUUUUUCAGAAGCUGGGUAUUCCUGGACCCAGUCCUCUACCACUUGUUGAGACAUUUUUGGAAUAUCGAAAGGGAAUGUUAGAAUUUGACUUGGAAUGUUCUAAGAAAUAUGGCAAAAUAUGGGGCAUAUAUGGAGGCAGAUAGCCUAUCAGGGUCAUCCUGGAUCCUGUCCUCAUCAAGACGAUUCUGGUCAAGGACUUCUACACUGUUUUUACCAACCGACAGAACUUCACUUUAAGUGGAAGUUUGAAAUCAGGUCUCCCCAUGGCAGAGGAUGAAAUGUGGAAGUGGAUCAGGGCCAUUAUCUCCCCAACCUUCACCAGUGGGAAGCUCAAGGAGAUGUUUCCCCUCAUCAAACACCAUGGAGACAUUCUGAUGCAAAACAUUGAGAAGAAAGUGGCUCAGGAUGAGGUGGUGACCAUGAGGGAGAUUUUUGGAGGCUACAGUCUUGAUAUUAUCACCAGCACUUCCUUUGGUGUGGACACUGAUUCCAUCAAUAACCCCGACGAUAUUAUUCUAUGCUGUGUUAAGAAGUUGAUCUCCUUCAGUUUUCUGAGCCCUCUGAUCUUCUUCAUAAGGUUGUUCCCUUUCCUUGUGCCGUUGCUAGAAAGGAUGAAUGUGACUCUACUUUCCAGGAAGGAGUUGGACUUCUUUGUGAAUGUAACCCAGUGUCUUAAGGAGCAACUGCAAGGAAGUGGAUGCAGUGAUCGUGUGGAUUUGCUGCAGCUAAUGAUCGAUUCCCAGAUCAUAGGCAGCCCAGAAUCCAGUGAGGCAAACCAGUCCCCUAAAGCUUUGACGGACAUAGAGAUUACUGCUCAAGGCAUCACCUUUAUUUUUGUUGGAUGUGAGACCUCAAGUUUAACCCUCAGCUUCAUAGCUUACAACCUUGCCACUCACCCCGAGGUGCAAGAGAGUCUUCAAGAGGAGAUCGACAGUGCCUUGCACAACAAGGCAGACUUCACCUACGACAACCUCUUCCAGAUGGAGUACCUGGACAUGGUGGUGAAUGAGACCCUUUGGCUAUUCCCUCUAGGGGGACGUCUAGAGAGAGUUUGCGAGAAGACUGUUGAGAUCAAUGGGGUCAAUAUCCCCAAGGGAACGGUGGUGAUCAUUCCCACCUACGUUCUGCACCGCUAUCCUGAGUACUGGCCUGAGCCAGAGGAGUUCUGUCCUGAGAGAUUCAAUAAGGACAACAAGAAGGGGUUGGAACCCUAUGUGUUCCUCCCCUUUGGGCUUGGGUUUGAUGGAGAACGCUUGCAGGAUUCUGACUACAGCAAGUUUCAUGCUCGUGAGAUCAAACGUCAUGCCAAUGCAGUGUCUGGGUCUGGUUCCAAAGGGCAAGUAUAA